UUACCCAGAAGGCAAGAACCGAGACCGUAAGGAGAGAUUGAUUUUACCAAACUAAAACAGAGAUUGUUCCAUCAUCAACUUCACUCACAUCUCUAGCGUGAAAUGGCUUCACCAUUUCUAGCUGGACUUGCAGUAGCUGCUGCUGCUCUUGCAGGAAGAUAUGGAAUCCAAGCUUGGCAAGCUUUCAAGGCACGUCCACCCACACCAAGGAUUCGUAAAUUUUAUGAUGGUGGUUUCCAACCUACCAUGACAAAAAGGGAAGCAGCUCUUAUUCUUGGCCUGAGGGAAAACGCAACUCCAGAAAAAGUGAAGGAGGCACACAGAAAAGUGAUGGUUGCAAAUCACCCAGAUGCAGGCGGUAGUCAUUACCUCGCUUCUAAAAUUAAUGAAGCAAAAGAUGUAAUGCUGGGAAAGACAAAGGGAAGUGGUUCUGCAUUCUGAUAAACUGGAAAAUCCAUACUGCAAGACCCUUUUGAAAGCUUGGAUUAUGUCCUCUGUGAAAUUUGCAAAUUAACGUGGUGGCUUCUUACGCUUGGGGAAUUUUUUUGGUCAUGGCAUUAAGAAAUUCACAACUCUUCAUUGGAGGAAUACCAUUUAUAUUUGGUUUGGGGGAAGAUUUUGAUGGAAUGGGAUGGGAUGAGAAAUAGAAAAUGGGUGUAAAAUUUUUACGUUCUAUUGUUUGGUUGUAAAAGACAAGUAGUGGGAGCAUCA